UGAUAUCCUUCACUUCAUUCCCGGCCACGUUUCAACAAUCGAGCUAUGCACACACUCGUCAUCAUCCGGACACGAAGGAGGACAUGAUGGAUGUGGACGACCUCCAAGACUUUGGCGUACAAGACUCCAAAUUGACGUGCCCAGGCGAAUACCUAACGUCCUCGCAAGCAUUCAUGCGGGGGCAUGGAACAUACGUGGACAACGAGGAGGUCAUUGCAUCCGUCGCAGGCACUGUUGAACGCGUAAACAAACUAGUCACCGUCCGGGGAAUUCGCAGUCGGUACAAUCCGGAGGUGGGAGACCUUGUGGUAGGGCGGAUAACAGAGGUACAGCCCAGGAGAUGGAAAGUCGACGCAAACUCGAGACAGGACGCUGUCCUCAUGCUGUCUUCAGUGAACUUGCCAGGCGGCGUACAAGGCCGUAAAUUAGAAAGUGAUGAACUGCAAAUGCGAGGCUUUUUUGAGGAAGGCGAUCUGCUGGUAGCCGAGGUGCAGGCAUUUUUUGCUGAUGGUGCUAUGUCGCUACAUACCCGAUCCCUCAAAUAUGGCAAGGUUCGAAACGGACAACUCGUCGCUGUUCCUCCUAUUUUGGUUCGCCGCCUCAAAUCACAUUUUCUAUCAUUACCAUGUGGAGUCGAUCUUAUUCUUGGGCUGAACGGGUACAUAUGGGUGAGCAAACACGUAAAACAAAACGAGCAAGAAGGAGAGGAAGGGUUUGAUGCCGAGGCGGUGUACUCCAACGUUAACGAUGAUAUCGAUGUCUCAACUCGGACCGCAAUCUCGAGAGUUACGAACAUCGUUCGUAUCCUAGCCUCACACUUCAUCCCUCUCACGGACACUCUUCUUCUCGAGGCGUAUGAAUGGACCGUAGAACACGAAGCAGAGGCCACGAGCACUCUCCAGGAAGACUUCGGCGAUGCGUUGGUCGCUUCUGUCACAACUGGUCAAUAAA